AUGCGAUCAGUUAUUAAUGGUGGAGGAGAGGAAGACGACAAGCACGUGCGGGCCGGCAAGAAGCCCCGGCCCGCUAGCUCCCGCAGCCACAAGAAGCGCCAUUCUCCGUCCGGAUCCCACCGCCCCAAUGCCACCGCCUCGCCGGAUGCCGCUGCGGAAAAGGCGGAUCACGCUGAGCCGUCUCCGAAAACUGGCCGAAAACCCGACGAGAAGAAGCCGGAGCCGGAGCCGGAGCCGGAGCUGGAGUCUGAGCCAGAGGAGGAGCAAAAGCAGGAGAAGGAGGCGGAAUUGCCCAUGCCCGAGGACAGUGGAGACGGGAAGGCGCCUGAGGAGGAAGGGGAGAAGGCGCCGGAGCUGGAGGUCGACGAGCCCAGCGAGGGGGACGGGUACGGCGAGGAGGCGGAAGAGGGGCAUAAGAAAGCUCCAACGAAGAAGAAGAAGCUCCCGCCUUUGUUCAGCUCGUCUGCACAUUACCACUGGAAGCACUGCAGCGCCAAGAGCGGCCACCAUUAUAUCCCUUGCGUGGAUUUUGAUGGGGAUGGGAGCCAGCGGCACCGCGAGCGGAGCUGUCCGAGGUCGCCGGUGACAUGCCUUGUAUCGCUGCCCAAGGAGUAUAAGGCGCCUGCCCCAUGGCCGGAGAGGAAAGAGAAGGUUUGGUAUGGGAACAUUGGACAUCCUAGGUUGUCAAGUUAUGUUAAGGCUCACAGCUGGCUGAACCGGACAGGCGAUUACCUGAUGUUCCCACCUGAGGAGUGGGAAUUCAAAGGUGGAUCGAGGCAUUAUGUCAAUUCAAUCGAUGAGAUGGCACCUGACAUUGAAUGGGGUAAAAAUAUUCGAGUAGUAUUGGACAUCGGAUGCAAAAGUGCUGGCUUUGGUGUCACUCUACUUGAGAAGGAUGUGAUAACACUAUCUUUAGGCCUUACGAAUGAUCAAACGGACCUUGCACAAGUUGCCCUUGAACGUGGCAUCCCUGCAACAGUUGGCAGUCUUGGAUCGAAAAGGUUGCCCUUCCCUAGUGGUGUAUUUGAUGCUAUCCACUGUGGUGAUUGCAACAUACCAUGGCAUGCUAAUGGUGGAAAGCUUCUCCUAGAGAUAAAUAGGAUCCUUCGUCCAGGAGGAUACUUCAUUAUAUCAAGCAAGCAUGGUGACCUUGAGAGUGAAGAGGGAAUAUCAGCUUCGAUGACUGCGUUAUGUUGGAAUGUAAUAGCUUACAAUAGUGAUGAUGUCAGUGAAGCUGGAAUGAAAAUAUUUCAACGACCACCUUCAAAUGAGAUAUAUGAUCUGAGAGCAACAAAAGAUCCUCCAUUUUGUAAGGAAGACCAGAACAAAGCUCCUGCAUGGUAUACACUGAUCAGACAUUGCCUGCAUAAAGCACCUGUUGGUAUUGAAGAGCGAGGGAGUGAAUGGCCUGAAGAGUGGCCUAAGAGGGUUGAAACUUUUCCUGAGUGGCUUGGGGACUUGCAAACAAGGGUGGAGGCUGACCAUAAACAUUGGAAGGCUGUUGUUGAUAAAUCAUAUCUGGAUGGAUUGGGAAUUGAUUGGUCAAAUAUCCGAAAUGUUCUGGAUAUGAGAGCUGUAUUUGGAGGAUUUGCUGCUGCACUGGCAUCGAAGAAAGUCUGGGUCAUGAACGUUGUUCCUGUUCAUGCUCCGGACACUCUGCCCAUAAUCUACGAGCGUGGGCUGAUUGGUGUCUACCAUGAUUGGUGUGAACCACUUAGCACAUAUCCAAGGUCAUAUGAUCUUCUACAUGCUGACCACUUAUUCUCACGCUUGAAGAACAGAUGUAAGCAACCUGUCUCAAUUGUGGUUGAAAUGGACCGAAUUUUGAGGCCUGGAGGUUGGGCCAUCAUCAGAGAGAAACUUGAGAUCCUUGAUCCAUUGGAGAAAAUUUUGAAAUCAUUGCAUUGGGAAAUAGUAAUGGCAUUCAGGAAGGACAAGGAGGGUAUCAUGUCUGUAAAGAAGUCGACUUGGCGGCCAUGAUCUAAUCUGUUGAUAAAGUCUCCCCACAUACCAAUUUUGAAGUGGUACAGGCGUACAGCUAUUGCUCUCUUAUUCUGGGUUAAAGAUACACGAUUGAUUCAUUCUUUGCACCAAACAAAUAUCCUGAGCCAUCUAUUGUCUCUUGUUGAGUACUUCUGGUCUCCGGAGCAGCAUCCUGCUCGAGGUACAGAGGAAGAUGCCCUUCCUGAAAUCCAGGCCUGACUGAAAAACCGAGCAUUUGUUUGUAUUUUGUUGUAAAUUGUAACAACAGUAUGUAAACCUGUAAAGAUUGUAACACUAAGAACAAUUGCUUGAUUCGAAUGAAAGUUGUAAAAAUGUGUGAGUACUGUACGUAAGAAUUUCUUGAGUGCUGUGCAUCUUUCUCAGUUGCUCUUCUACAAGAAAGAAUAGCUCAAUUGCCUGUACUAAAAUGUUGGAAUGGAAACACUGUUUCCUACCCAUUGUAUCCACACUUUAUUUCAGAAAAGCAACAGUGUAUGCGAAAGGACCUGUAGCCUAGUGGUUACAAAGAACUUAAUAGCACAUGGAAAAGCAACAGUUUAUAGCAUGGAUGAUGAAACCAGAAAUUCACAUGAUCAUGCAAAGAUUUAGCUCGCAAAAACCAGAAAUUGAGAUGGCUUAAGAGCAAACUGCAGUUUAUGCUGUAGAUGGAAACUUAUUUAAGAGCAAAUUAAGAUCUUUUGGCACUAUACUCUUUUCUCUUAUGUCCUUUUUUGUUUUUAAAUUUUGUACGAAUUUUACACAAGAGUGAAGAGUGUCAGUUCGGUUCUGCCAUUAUUUCCUCCAUUAGAAAAACCCCAAAACCCAAGGGCUGAUCGGGUAACCUCUUUUCC